CACAAGGUGUAUAAACGGCUUCUGCAACUAGCUCAGGUUCUCCCGAAGCCACGUCUCAACCACCGAAAAUCUGAAACAAGUCUAGACCUUCGUUCUAUACGACCGAGACCUGAUUUGAUUUCUGAUAGAAACUGAUUCGCUUGAUUUACUAGAAUUUUACUGGGUUUUCCACAUCUUCAAACUGAAACCAAUAUAGUAAUACUAGAAGCUGCCGAUCCACGUUCCCAGAACAGACACUCGCUAAUAUCGGAUCAGACUUAAAUCUACAAGACCGUCGCACAAAGUUCACUGUAGUUGACUAAGAAGACUGAAUCUUCAGAAAGGACCUUAAAGGAUCAAAUAAGUUGAAUAAAACCAUCUGGAUUUGAACCAGUUCAUCAACUCUCAAGGAUCCUCGACGGCUUGAUAUCAAAAACUCAUAAAACUUUCUAUUGUUAGUUGGACUGUGCGAUAAGAUACUGAAAUCAUACAAAACUCCACUUUUUCAAAUUGCUGAAAUUUCUCAUAUCACUGAAUACUUAAUACCAUCCAGUGCAAUUCAAGUUUUCGGAUCUUUGAAUCUUUGAAUCUUUGAAUCUUCACAUUAUCGAAUCUUCGAAAUACUGAAUUCCUCAGUAGCCUCAUUUUAAAAUUUUAACAACCAUAAUGUCUGCCGUUCAGGUUCUUGCUGUUGGAGUUAAUCCCAACGUUGCAUUUUAUGCAUGGCGACUCCAUGAAACGAAAUCGGUUGAGGUCACUGUGGUCAACUCAACGUUGUCUAACUCCACUAUCUACUGGACAUCUUCUUCGUUUGGAGACAACAUUGGCUACAAACCGCAACAGUGCUAUCGCUCUGUGGCCGAAAUACCUCGUAAAUCGUCCGUGUCGUACGACAUUAUUGUAUUGAGUAGUCCAUCUCUUCAAGAUUUCCAGAAGCUCUGUUCUUCUUUUGCUCCCUACAUGAGAGACGAUUCUAUCAUCUUGAUCGAAUCCACAGGUUUUGUCAACUUGGAGCCGUUUGUUCAGCUUUGCUUUCCCAAGAAGAGCAAUUUGUGUAUCAUGUCGAUCAUGAACGAAAGUGACGUCAGACAAGUUGGAAACAACAGGUACUUACACACUAUAAGAAACUCAGACACCAGAAUCUACUUUGGAACGUCUUUGGGUUCCAACAGGAUCAACGCCAACCCAAAUUUUCAAAGAAUGUACAAACUCUUGCAAACAAUCCAGAAAGAUUCAGCCAAUAACAUUAGUCUCUUGAAAUCUUUGAAUCCGAAGGAGUUCAUGACUUACCAGUGGAAAAUGGCCAUUCCUCGUAUCAUAUUCAACCCUUUGUCGAUUAUCUUCGAAUUUGAAUUCCCCCAGAUGUUGGAGUCGCAGAUUCUUUGUAAGCCACUAGUGACAGGUAUUAUCAACGAGUUGUUCAAGAUCAUCAAGAAAAUGGACUGUAAACUUGUGAAAGGAUUCGAGAAUGAGGAGAACUUGUUGAAAAACUGGACUUCUCUUUUUCCAAAAACAUCCAACAAUAGCGAGUACAUUAACUCCAACAACUUGUUCUACAACUUCUACAAGAACUAUGACUUGGACGUUGACUUACUUCUCUUGCAGCCCAUCUUAUUAGCGGACGAUCACGGCAUCAGAACUCCCUAUUUGGAGAACUUGUAUUCGACUAUGUGUCAGUACGCCAAGCUUAAUAAUGGUAGUUCUCUUUUCUUUGCCAGAAAGGGAGGUGACCAGGACAAGCUUGAGACAAUCGGCCAAUUGGACGAAGAAAUCAAGAAGAGAACUGCCCAGAAGAGCUCAUUAGACUCCACUAUAAGAGAAUCUGAAAACAAGAAGGCUCAGCAUGAAAACGCUAUUGUCGCAUUACUGGUUCAGAUCCACGAUAAGGAAACUUAUUUGGCCAGUUUGCUCUCAAAGCAAGAGCAGAAAUUGAAACAGUUGGAAGGUCAGUAUAACCAAAAGUUCAAGGACUUGGAUGAUCAGUAUCAAAGACAAUACGAACAGAACCAGCAGCGAUUGCAGGAGAAGCCAUUGCCUGAGAGGAAUGAUUCUUCCAACCCCGUUAAUGGAAAUAGCAGUGGUAAUGUUCACGGCAAUGGCAAUGGUAACAGUAACAAUAACAACAAUAAUGGAGGGAGCGGUAAUGGUAACACUAAUGGCAACAGCAAUAGUAAUGGCGUCGUUAAUGGCCCCGUGAACCGCAACAGUUCUCCAUCUGGCACCGACAGCUUGACGGACUUGACGGAUAUUGCUUUGUAUGGAGCAGCUAUCAACAACGAGUCGUCAAAUCAACAGCAAUACGCUCCAUACGCCUCUGGAGAUGCCAAUGGAAACCAACAGCAGCAGCAGCUCUACGUCGAUACCCAGUUUGGGCCACAACAGCAAUAUGCUCAACAACAGUAUGUUCAAAAGUAUAACCAGUAUAACAACGUUCCCAAUGGAUAUCAGCAGUCGCCCAUAGACCAGCAGCCUCCACAUGGAUUACCACCCAAUGGAAUGCCGCAGAAUGCCCUUCCGCCUAAUUUGAGGUCUAACCUGAUGAUGCUGACCAGAUAUCAGCAGCCCCCACAACCCAAUGGAUACUACAAUGCUCCUCCCAGAAGAGUCAGCUCUAUUCCUAACAACGUGAAUGGAUACUUUGAAGGUGGAUACCAACCACAGCAGUAUCCACAACAGCAGCAGUAUUAUCCACAACAGCAAUCUAGCUUCAACAAUGCUGCACCCAUUGAUCCGAUGCUUGAACUGAGAUUCAAGGCUAAGAAGCAAAAUCGUCGUUCUCAGAUGCCUUUAGGUACCGGCUCGAUGAGUGGAAACUUGGAUGGCUUGGAUAUGGGAGGUCGUGGUGGAAUGCCGAUGCCGGGUGCGCAAAAGAACAGACCGAUGGGACCACCAGGCAACUAUAGAAGAUCUACGGGCCCUGUCAACACUCUCAACGGCCAGUUCAACAACCUUGCUGUGAAUAACACCGGCGGGCUGAUGCCCAUGAACCAGCAUCCACUGCAGAAUUACUUGCAACCACCUUUGUUGCACGGUUCCAAUGCUUCAAGCAACUCCUCCACCAAUUCCAACGAUACGCCCAAGACCCACAGCAGCAACGACAACGUUAACAUCAACGAAAGCGUGCUGUUGUCGGUGCCUGCAGCUGAUACUUCAGCUAAACCACUAGGAGGUAUCUCGCAGUCUAACAGAAGAAGUCUCACCGACAGACUGCUGAAGAAAAAGGGCGGAAUCUUUGGGAAAAAGGGAUAGGGAAUGCUGAAAAACGCUUAAUAUAAUUUGUAACUGUAUUUAUAUAGUGGGACAAGGCCACUAUGUGGAGUAGUUGAUAAGACGUUGACUAGUGGUGGCUGAUCCUGAGGCUUGUUUGCUUUUUUAGUAUUCGUAUAUAUUUAUUGAUUUUAUUGAU